CCAAUGCCACGCAACAGCAACAGUUAACAAACCACAAGAAUACAUAGACUCUAAACAGCCACGUAUUCUCCAACGUAUAAUAUGCGAUAGCAUUCUCAGACUUCUCACUCCGUAUCCGAACAUACACGCCCUGCGAAAUGGCUUCACAAGCCCCCGCCCAAGCCUCACGAAGACGAUCAUCCCCCACUGAGCAGACAGCUUCCUCCCCAGCUGCAGAAUCGUCUGCGAGAGAACAGAACACGACCGAAACACAAUCUAUACCUCUCAAUAACCCACAAAGAUCUGCCCCCUCAAUCUCGGCCACCAAUACAUCGAAACCUACGGCCGAACCUGCAGAAUCCCGGACGUGCUGGAUCUGCCAACAAGACGAUAUAGAUGACAGGCCUGAGGAUUCGGAAUGGAAGAAUCCAUGUCCAUGCUCCUUGACUGCACAUGAAUCCUGCCUGCUAGAAUGGAUUGCCGACCAAGAGGCUCCAAAGAGAGGAGAUCUCGUCCCAAACUCUACGAUCGAGUGUCCACAAUGCAAGGCGGAAUACAACAUCCAGCGUCCUCGUGAUCCUAUUGUAUCACUCUACGGAUCGAUACAAAGUUCAGCAAAGCGCUUGAUACUUCCUACAGCUAUGAGCGGUUUGGUAGGCUGCUUGUAUUCCGGAUUGCUGGUUUAUGGGCUUAACUCCACAAUUACUGUCUUUGGCACCGAGCAGGCAAGAUCCCUUCUAGGAGGUCAAAUUGCGCUUGGUAGAAUCAAUACCUACUCGGCGAGAGGACGAAUGGCCAAGCUAUUGCAUCUCCUAGAUCCGUUCUUCCCGACAAUUCUCCGAGUCAAGAAUUACAGCCUAUUCCUAUCCAUGCCAUUAAUCGGGCCCUCUCUCGUCCUCCUCCGCACAAGUCUCGCAGACCAAGCCUCUGGCAUCCUCCUCCCAAUAUACUUCCUCAGCACCCAAAAAAGCCACCCUCACUUCAACCUCACCUGGCCUCCAAGUCCGGGCCUAACAUUCGCCACACUCCCCUUCAUCAAAAAGGCCUACAACGCGCUCUACCGCCACACCUUCUUCGAUCUCGAAAAGAAAUGGGAUCGUGCCGUCCAACGCCGUCCCCGAGAAGGCGAAACAGCAGAACAAAUCGAGAAUCAAGCAGCCGAAGACGACGGCCGUGCUAUCUUCGACGUCGAAUGGGUCCACGAGGAAGUUGACAUCCCCGCUGCCCCAGCAGCAGAUGUUGCAGCAGCUGCCGAAGCAAAUGGCGGCGUCCGGCUUGAAAAUGUAAACAAUAAUGCCCCUGCCCCUGCUGCAAGACCUUUGAAUCGCUGGGCGUUACAUCAAGAUGUCAGCGCUGCCUAUAUCGCCACAACAGUCAUGGGCGCGCUAGCCUUUCCCGCGAUCUCUUCUGCUAUGGGCGAGAUUGUCAAUAUGUUGCCUCUGAAGUGGAAAGAUAGAAUUGGUGGUGGGCUGUUGAGAGAGAAGUGGGGACGGAGUGUGGUUGGAGGGUGCCUGUUUGUGGUGUUGAAGGAUAUGGUUACGUUGUAUUGUAAGUGGAGGAAAGCGAGGGAUUUUGGGAAGAGGAAGGUCAUGGAUUAUAUGGGGAAGAAGGGGGUGAGGAAGUGAGGCGGGGGAGAACUGGAAACAGGUAAAGACUUGUGUCUUGGAAGUAGAGACGCCAAUAUCCAAAUACUAGAGCAUAUUCCUCUGGGGUUUGAGAUUGCUGGUGACGAUGUCUACUCCCCCAUCUUAGACGCCGUCGGCGGUAUUGGCGAAGAGGUGCCCAUAUCUCGGCAGAAACAUUCAACUUGUUGCGUCCUCUCAUUCUAUCUCUAUAUGCUGAAUCUGACCAGCUGCCGGAAAUUCUGUGGUGUGGAAGCUCAACUAUAUUGAGAUCGACGUAGAAGAUGAGGGAAUCAGAAGCUGAAUCGCUGGCGGCGACAAAUGAGUAUGAAGUUGUAUUCACGAGGAGGUCAAGGUAUUCCGAGAUCUUCUUUUUCGUAAAAGGCGGCUCAGAAAUCCCGCACCUGUUACAAAUGAGAGUUUUAAGGACACAUUAUAUCUGACAGACUUGAAUGUGGGAGAUUUUGCGAUGGUGUGUAGUUGUACUUCUGCUGUAAUUCAAGUGCGGACGGUGAAAAGAGGCACGGCGAGACCCGAGCAGGAUGGGAGUGGGAGCACUCACUUCCUAACUUUUGCUUACAGCCGGAAUGAACGUAUGUGUAGAUCACUAUGGUACUGGUAAGAUUCCACUCAUCUUUCUGUUGCCCACGUCAUACGAGACAUGUCAAACCAACUCAGUCACUCCAACACCGCGUGUCUCUCAAUGACCGGACAGCUUUGUGGAUUAUUUGUUGUCAAUCGCGGGAAACCAUCAUCUCCAAGUCAGUUCUAGUAGAUUAUUACGUGUCAAAUGAAAC